CUCUUCAAAUAAAUAAAUAAAAUCUUUAAAAAAAAAAAUAAAAGCUUGUGGCUUUAGCUUUUAUGCUUACAUCUAUAAUUCAUUUUGAAUUAGCUUUUGGUAUUUGUCAGAUACACACAACAUAGGUGAGUUGCAAAACCUUGAGUGGAAAAAAAAAAAAAACCCAAAUGCAAAGAAUACAUGCCAUGCAAUUCUACUUAUAUGAAGUUCUACAGCAGGAAUAACUCCGCUAUGGUAAUAGAAAUCAGAACACCGGUUUCCCGGAUGGGAGAGAGUAGUGACUCAAAGGGGCACAAGAAAAAAGUUACUGGGGUCAUGGAGACAUCCUGAAUCUUAAUUGAAGUGGUAUUUACAUAGACAUGUACAUGUGUAAAAAACCCAAUGAGCUAUACACUUAAAUUGCAUGUGUUUUACUUCAUGUAAAUUGUACUUCAAUUAAAAAUGUAUUAUAAAAAAAAUCCCAAGUAAGGAAAAGAACUUCAAGGAUCCUGUUUUUUUCCCCUAAAUGGAACAAAAUCUAGUCCCUUGGUAAUGACAAAGAGAAGCUACUGGCAUAUGAAUUGUUAUGAUUGCAAGUAUCUAAUUCUUUCAUCAUCAAAAGAGAAUCUGAUGACAUCAUCAUCCCAGAAGACUGAAAUAAUAAACAGGCGAACUGGGUAGUGCCGUAGAACCAAUACCAGGUUAUCUGAUUCAUGAUUUUUCAAAGGUCUCAGAAUGUCCUGCUUGAAAACUGCCCACUUGAGAUUUUCCACAUGUCUUCUCAAACCACCAUACUGUAAAUGUUAAGUCUCUAAGGAAGAAACUACAUAAAAGUCCUAUGUGAUCGUAGGAAAACAAAAGGUAAGAGUUUGUCCUUAAUUUCAACCAAACUAAGCCACAUUCAAUUCCUUUUCUGCACACAAAUUCGUAAGUGUAUAGACUGAGUAUCACAAAGGAGCUUUAUAAACUUCAGGGCAAAAUUCCAAGGUCAAAGUACAAAUAAUCUAAAAAUUAUAGUUCAGCCUCUAGCCCAUACUUGGAAUGAAUUUUAUAUUCAAAUACUUUUGAGGAAGAGCAUCUAUUUUAUGCUGUUAUUGGUCCUAUCACCUAUCUUGGAAUGAUCAACUUCAUAAUAUUAAUUCAUUAAAAAUAAGUUCCUUCACAACUAUACCCCUCCUUAAAGUCCAAGUAAGUAUUUUCACAAUUAUCUCUUUUCUCUGACACCCCACCCUGUUAAGUUAGGCCGGGAAGUGGCAUUUGUAUUUUGAUUUUCUGUAGGAAAAGCCCUGUGCACUCUAGAAAACACAAAUGAAGGUUAUAAAAUCUCUUGCAUCAAGGCCAGCUUAGACCAGCUAAUGUCCUAGCUAGCUCCCACAAAAAGUGCCUCCACAGACUCAAUUCUAUUUUCAUAUAGAGAGACAUCCAAGGACCAGAUGUGCCUCAAAUCCUAGCCAAUAUCUAUUAAAUCAGCUGGUUUAAGUCAUGGAGAAUCACAAUUCAACACAGCUUACUCUGUAUACAUCGUGUACCAUUGUUCUAUAUUUAAUCUACUUUUAUCUGUUUCUUUUUCCUCUCAGGAAAGGAUGAAAUAUGGAAGAAAAAUAAUUCAAUUGUUAUUAUUUUUAUUGUUUCUAUGGGCUUUGCACAGACAGUAUCAUUUCAGCACAAAGAAACUACAGAAGAUACACCGGUGCUGGUUUGUGGAUACUCAAUCAAAAGAAUUAGAGCUAUCAGACUGGUUUUCUCCCAGUGAAUACAUGAACCUGUCGACCACCAGCUGGUCAGCUCCGGUUGUAUGGGAUGGCACUUUCAAUGAAGAAGUAUUGGAAGAGUAUUAUGAAAAACAUAAAAUUACUGUGGGAUUGACUGUAUUUGCUGUAGGAAGAUAUAUUGACCACUACUUGAAGAAAUUUGUAUUAUCUGCAGAUGAGUUUUUUAUGGUUGGCCAUAAAGUCAUAAUUUAUGUCCUGAUAGAUGACUUCUCCAGGAUGCCUUGGAUACAGCUGGGUCCCCUCCGUUCGAUCAAAGUGUUUGAAAUUAAGCGAGAGAAGAGAUGGCAAGAUAUCAGUAUGAUGCGCAUGAAGGUUAUUAGUGAACAUGUUAUGGAUCAUAUCCAAUAUGAAGUUGACUUUCUCUUCUGCAUGGACGUGGAUCAAAUCUUCAUAAGGAAAUAUGGAUUGGAGACUCUGGGGGAGUCAGUAGCUCAGUUACAUGCUUAUUGGUACAAGGAAGAUCCUACAGUGGUGCCAUAUGAAAGAAGUGAGUUAUCAGAAGCAUAUAUACCUUUUGGUAUGGGAGAUUUUUAUUACCAUGCUGCUGUAUUUGGUGGCACUCCCAUUCAAGUUCUCAAUAUUGCCAGGGAGUGCUUAAAAGGAAUCAUGAAUGACAAGAAAAACAACAUCGAAGCAGUGUGGCAUGAUGAAAGUCACUUAAACAAGUACUUCUUUCUCCAUAAACCCACUAAACUCUUAUCACCAGAAUAUUGCUGGGAUUUUACUAAAACAGAUGUUCCUUUUAUUUACAGUAUCAAACUCUUUUGGGCUAAAAAGGAUUAUGAACAUCUUAGGGUGACAAUGUAAUUAUAUAGCACUUCCUUCAGGUUGCUGAAGUUAAGAGCAUCAUUUUGUCUUAUUCCUUAGGAAAUUAGCACUUGAUAAAUUUUACCACUAAAAAAAAGAAUCACUAACAAAAUGGCAAGGCCACCAACACAGCAUACUCAUACUUUUCCUCAUAUUCAUUUUGAAUUGUAUAAGAUGGGAUAUAGCAGUUGCAGAAUGAAUGUAUUGACAUCAGAUGGAGAUACAGUGAUUUCAUAUCCUGUGUGAGUGUUGAGGAAAUAUUAUUUGUUGGAUCACAAUGAACAAAAUAGAAUCUCUCACAAGAAAAUGAAACCUGAAAUAUUUUUAUUGAUCCAUGUAGAUACACAUUUCUCAUAUUGCAUAAGAAAGGGGAUUGUCUAGAGGUGUGGAUAAGAAGUCACUGCAAGAAUAGUAAUAUUCUCUCUAUGUAAAACAUUAAAGACGUUAAAGUUGCCACCAGAUGGACAGAUAAUUACUUAGGAAACUGAGUCAUUCAAAAAAAUUUUUGCAUUUGUAGUUUUAAAACUUUGUAAAGUUGUUUGUUGUAAAAAUUAAUUGAAAAGAAA